AUGAAGUUCCUGAACCCCAUCACUCUUUUUUUCGCCCUAGCGAUUAGAGCGUCGCCGUUGAACUCGGAUAUCGAACAAAGGGACCUAACUAUCGAACAAAGGAACCUGGCUAUCCAGCAUAGGGACCUGGCUCUCAGACAAAGGGAUCUGUUGAGCGAUCUGAACCUGACGAUUCCUGCUGUCCCCGCCGAUCAAUGCACCUCCUCCUCUCCAAAUGGCAUCCAGCCAGGCUGCUGGCAGGCUCUAGAUAUGAACAACUACCUCAGCAGCUGGUGGCAGAACAAUAGCGCGACAUGCAAUUCGACAAAUAGAGGAUUCUCCCGAUGUUACCUGGAGAUGGCGGGACUAAUCACAUGGAGUUGCGACUUUAUAAACAUCAACGGGUGUAUUCCGCCACCCAGCGGGCCUGAGAUUGCCUAUCAUUCCCCUCAAGAAUUCUACACUGUGUGGAACAUUUACGCCAUCAAUCUCUUCUUCUCUAACUACCAUCAAGGCCUUAUGCAGGGCCAGGCGGCUGCCAUCGGAGCGGUUGCUGAAAUCGUUAAAGUCGUUGCACCUCCGGUAAAGAAGAACACUUUGACUCCAAAAAUUGGCCCCAUUUUUGGUACUGUAUCUGGUUUGAUCGGUGCCAUAGGUCCGCUCAUCGGCACGUACAUGGGACUCCCAUUCGUCAUACCCUUCCUUGUCUUAUUGACGCCUUUGGGUAAUGUGGGCGGUUUCGUCAACAUCUUGUUCCCGUCCUCGGAGGUCAGCCCAGUUCCAUGGGAAGGGCUUUCGGAGGCUUUAGGAAACCAAGUCAAUGACUUUCAGAAAAACAUCGGCAAGGCAUUGAAUGCUGCUGAGACCGACUUUAACAUAUUCUUUGGCCUCACCUCGAGCGGCUUGUUCAGUCAGAAACUCACUACCAACCUUCCAGAAAACACAGAUUUUAUGUAUCAUAACCUCUUGAAGUGGACCUUCAACAGUGCCCUUGAAGCAAACAAUUACUUUGUUGUAAAAAACCCUGGUGUUGAUCCAACCAAGAUACCGAUCGAGGCCUAUGACUGCUCAAAGCUUGACAAUUUUGGCACUUGUGGACCAAUCUGGUAUGACGGCUUGGACUCGUACGGACUUGCCAGAGUUAACGACAUUGGUAUGGACCGCAUGGAAGAGAUCCUUAAGACAGCCUUCGCGAAGAACUGGACCACCCCACAAGAGCUCUAUAUUGACGCACAGAAAUGCCGUGCAAGGAACUCCACCGAAGAGUUUGACAUUCACGACCUCGGUUUAACCUGCCUAAGUGAGGUAAUCAAGCUGACACGUAAAUAG